CAAACUUGAAGUUGAGGUCGAAUAUGAUAACCAUAAGGGGGUUUUUGUUUUUUGGGAUAAGGAUGUGAUUCCUUAUACUAAACACACAGCUACCGAAUUAAGAGAAAUCAUGAAGAAGGCCGGAGAGGACAAUCCUAAGAUUUGGCCUACUCACUUGGAUGCUAUGUUGAAUAGACAAAUGGUGUUUCGUAUCAAGUAUCAAUCCCAAUUCUGCCGAUUCUCUAUCGUGAAGAUACUUAACGAAGAGGGCCUUUACGAUAAGUUCGACACCUACCUCAAAGCUAAUGAGGCAACUAUUGCUGCUGAUUUGGAAGUGGACACAGCUUCUCCAUCUCUUACUCCAAACCAAGGAACACAAAAUAUGGAACCAUCGAUCGUUGCUCUACCAGAUGAAGGGAAUAACCAAAAGGGGAGUCCUUCUGCAAGCUGCGGCAGUACUCCUGCCAAGAGAGUCGCUGCGUCAACCUCAUUUAACGAGCUUAUCCAGGCUGAAGUAAUCACUCCUAAGCAAUCGGCCACUAAGCCCAAGAAUGGAAAAAAGACAAAGCAACUCAAACAUGACUGAGAUGGUGGGUUAAUUUCAGAAUUUUCCCUCUUAUUUUGAUGCUUAACUAGCAUAUCACCAUUUGUAAGGUUACAAUCAAACUAUUAAGUCCUUAUU